AGUACUACACAUGUCCAGCAGCAGCGUUUGCUGUAGGAGCUGCUUCUGGGGUCUGAGGUUUAAAUACCCGGGGGGGCUCUGAUGUGAGCACAAGGCCGCCUGCGCAGCUAGCACACAGGGAUCGGGCAGCUCUCCUGAGCUGGGCACAUUGUGGGAUCACUCUAUCAUGCCUGAGGUAAGGGAUCUCUCGGAAUCUUUACCGGACAUAUCUAUGGAUCCCAUCACGGGGGUCGGAGUGGUGGCAUCACGGAACAGAGCUCCUGCAGGCUACGAUGUGGUUUCACAGACCACUGAUGGCCUGGAUGCAGACUUGUGGAAAGACGGCUUGUUUAAGUCCAAGGUUACAAGAUAUCUCUGUUUCACCAGGGUGUUUUCCCGGGAAAAUAGCCAUUUAGGUAACGUUCUUGUUGACAUGAAACUGAUCGAUAUUAAAGACACUUUGCCAGUUGGGUUUAUUCCAAUUCAAGAAACUGUGGACACACAGGAAGUUGCAUUCAGAAAAAAGCGCUUGUGUAUAAAGUUUAUUCCUCGAGAUUCAACCGAAGCGGCCAUUUGUGACAUCCGUGUGUUGAGUCGUUCGAAACAGGCCCCACCUCAGUACACAUUCAUAGGGGAAUUGAACAGCAUGGGCAUCUGGUACAGAAUGGGAAGAGUCCCUCGGGCCCCGGAGUCUCCAGAGCUCUCCUCUCCAUCCUCUCCGUCUGCUGUGGUCACCUCGGCAUCUGCUCCUAACCUUCCAAGACAUAUCUCGCUUACACUACCUGCCACGUUCCGUGGGAGAAAUAAUACGAGACCUGACUUCGAGAACCAACACUCCAACUUGUACGCCAUUUCAGCAAUGGACGGUGUACCUUUCAUGAUAUCAGAAAAGUUUGCAUGCGCUUCUGAAGCGAUGCAGCAGGUUGAUCUCUUGGGAAUCACAAUAAAGUCACUGGCAGAAAUAGAGAAGGAGUAUGAUUACAGCUUCAGAACAGAACAGAGCGCUGCAGCACGCUUGCCACCCAGCCCUGCCCGCUGCCAGCAGAUGCCCCCGCCGUGAUAGAAGAGAAUGCAAGUUUUGGAAUCGCCAUAAAAUACUACUGAGCAGAACCCAUUGCUGCUGCCGUGACCUUUAACCCUAAUUCCUACCAGGGCAGUCGGAAAAUAAGCGAUUUUUCUAACUGUGAUUUUUUUUUUGUAUUUUGUAAAUAUAAAUCCUUAAAAAAUAGUUUGAGAUGGAUUAAUAUCUGUGAGCCUUUUUGGGCUCCAAUGCCUCAGUGUUAACUAGUACUAAAUAUGACUGCACACUUCACGUCUGUAGAAGGAGAUGCCAGGGAGAGAGGAAAGGGGUCAUGAGUUUUCCUUGCUAAAAGAUAAAAACGGAAGAGACAUUUACAACGUAUGAGAAUAGUUGCAUAAAGUUACUCUGAUUUCCAGGUAAAUUGACAAAAGGUUUUGUUUAAUUACAGAUUCUGCAAACAAUGAGUUUGGUUAAUAUAAAUGUUUACACGUUUUGGAUCUUGUAUUCAUAAACCACACAAGAUCAUUUCUGCAUUAAAUACAUUUGUCAGAUAUAUAAUAUGGGUGUAGUGGUUCAUCCCCAGUAUUCCUGAUGGUAUCUAUAGAUGCUUUCCCUCUAUCUAACUCUAUAUAAUCAUCCCUUUCUACGUCUCUGUAACAUACGCAUGUACAUAAUUCUCUGAAAGACACCUUGUAAUUUAUCCUUUUGCUGCAUAUAACACUCCCUAUAGCUCCUCCUGUUGCUCUAUAUAACCCUCCCUAUAACUCCUCCUGUUGCACCAUAUAACCCUCCCUAUAACUCCUCCUAUUGCACCAUAUAACCCUCCCUAUAACUCCUCCUAUUGCACCAUAUAACCCUCCCUAUAACUAAUAUUGCACUAUAUAACCUCCCUAUAACUCAUCCUAUUGCACCAUAUAACCCUCCCUAUAACUCCUCCUAUUGCUCCAUAUAACCCUCCCUAUAACUCCUCCUGUUGCACCAUAUAACCCUCCCUAUAACUCCUCCUAUUGCACCAUAUAACCCUCCCUAUAACUCCUAUAGCACCAUAUAAUCCUCCCUAUAACUCCUUCUAUUGCUCCAUAUAACCCUCCCUAUAACUCCUCCUGUUGCACCAUAUAACCCUCCCUAUAACUCCUAUUGCUCCAUAUAACCCUCCCUACAACUCCUCCUAUUGCACCAUAUAACCCUCCCUAUAACUCCUCCUAUUGCACCAUAUAACCCUCCCUAUAACUCCUCCUAUUGCACCAUAUAACCCUCCCUAUAAUUCAUCCUAUUGCACCAUAUAACCCUCGAUAUAACUCUUCCUAUUACACCAUAUAACCCUCCCUACAACUCCUAUUGCUCCAUAUAACCCUCCCUAUAACUCCUCCUAUUGCACCAUAUAACCCUUCCUAUAACUUCUCCUAUUGUUAAAUAUAACCCUUCCUAUAAUUCCUCCUAUUGCACCAUAUAACCCUCCCUAUAACUCCUCCUAUUGCACCAUAUAACCCUCCCUAUAACUCCUCCUAUUGUACCAUAUAACCCUCCCUAUAACUCCUCCUAUUGCACCAUAUAACCCUUCCUAUAACUCCUCCUAUUGGACCAUAUAACCCCCAUAACUCCUAUUGCACCAUAUAACCCUCCCUAUAACUCCUAUUGCACCAUAUAACCCUCCCUAUAACUCCUAUAGCACCAUAUAAUCCUCCCUAUAACUCCUUCUAUUGCUCCAUAUAACCCUCCCUAUAACUCCUCCUGUUGCACCAUAUAACCCUCCCUAUAACUCCUAUUGCUCCAUAUAACCCUCCCUACAACUCCUCCUAUUGCACCAUAUAACCCUCCCUAUAACUCCUAUUGCACCAUAUAACCCUCCCUAUAACUCCUAUAGCACCAUAUAAUCCUCCCUAUAACUCCUUCUAUUGCUCCAUAUAACCCUCCCUAUAACUCCUUCUAUUGCACCAUAUAACCCUCCCUAUAACUCCUCCUGUUGCACCAUAUAACCCUCCCUAUAACUCCUAUUGCUCCAUAUAACCCUCCCUACAACUCCUCCUAUUGCACCAUAUAACCCUCCCUAUAACUCCUCCUAUUGCACCAUAUAACCCUCCCUAUAACUCCUCCUAUUGCACCAUAUAACCCUCCCUAUAAUUCAUCCUAUUGCACCAUAUAACCCUCGAUAUAACUCUUCCUAUUACACCAUAUAACCCUCCCUACAACUCCUAUUGCUCCAUAUAACCCUCCCUAUAACUCCUCCUAUUGCACCAUAUAACCCUUCCUAUAACGUCUCCUAUUGUUAAAUAUAACCCUUCCUAUAAUUCCUCCUAUUGCACCAUAUAACCCUCCCUAUAACUCCUCCUAUUGCACCAUAUAACCCUCCCUAUAACUCCUCCUAUUGUACCAUAUAACCCUCCCUAUAACUCCUCCUAUUGCACCAUAUAACCCUUCCUAUAACUCCUCCUAUUGGACCAUAUAACCCCCAUAACUCCUAUUGCACCAUAUAACCCUCCCUAUAACUCCUAUUGCACCAUAUAACUCCUCCUAUUGCACCAUAUAACCCUCCCUAUAACUCCUCCUAUUGGACCAUAUAACCCCCCAUAACUCCUAUUGCACCAUAUAACCCUCCCUAUAACUCCUCCUAUUGCACCAUAUAACCCUCCCUAUAACUCCUCCUAUUGUACCAUAUAACCCUCCCUAUAACUCCUCCUAUUGCACCAUAUAACCCUUCCUAUAACUCCUCCUAUUGGACCAUAUAACCCCCCAUAACUCCUAUUGCACCAUAUAACCCUCCCUAUAACUCCUCCUAUUGCACCAUAUAACCCUCCCUAUAACUCCUCCUAUUGCACCAUAUAACCCUUCCUAUAACUCCUCUUAUUGCACCAUAUAACCCUCCUUAUAACUCUACCUAUUGCACCAUAUAACCCUCCCUAUAACUCCUCCUAUUGUACCAUAUUAGCCACCCUAUAACUCCUCCUAUUGCACCAUAUUAGCCACCCUAUAACUCCUCCUAUUGCACCAUAUUAGCCACCCUGUAACUCCUCCUAUUGCACCAUAUAAUCCUCCCUAUAACUCCUCCUAUUGCACCAUAUUAGCCACCCUGUAACUCCUCCUAUUGCACCAUAUAACCCCCCCCCCCCAUAUAACCCUUGCUACAUCUCAUGCUAUUGGUAUCUGUAACCUUUCUUAACUCUCCCUCCUAUUGCUCCAUAUAAUUACUCAUAUAUAAUAAAUUAUCCAAAUGUUCCACAGAUCCCCUUCCCUUAACUCUUCCUCUUUUUUUUCUAUUUCCCUAUAAUGUCAUAUAAUUGCCUUUUCCUGUCCAAUGAAUUCACAUAUUAUGGUUCUAAGACAAAUUUAAUUGCCAAACAAUCCACAUUAUUUUGCACAAAUGAAGUUUGCCUCAAUUAAAUCAACUGUGUAUUAUCCCACGUAUGCUAAAAAAUGGCUAUUAUCACACCUUAUUCCUGAAACUACACCCCUUUAUGGAAACUUCCACAUCAAAGCCAUAGACCACAUCCAAUUUUAUUUCUUUGAUUUGUCUUUUUAUACUAUUUUACUUAAUUUUUAUUGUAGGAGUUGAUAGUUAAUAGGAUUCAUCUUGGUUCUACCAGGGAAGAAAUUCCAAUUAUGUGCAAAACUUUCUUUAAUUCAAUACCACUUCCUUUAGCAGUGAAAUGCAUUUUCUUUACCAGUGAAACGCGUUUUAAAUUUUUAUUUAUGCUUACAACUAUAAAAAAAAAAAGCCAAGUGUAGGGGCUUUUCAAACGUCUGGAUUUUACUUUGGUGCAUAAUUACAAGGAUGUGCAUCAUGGGAAAUUUUACUUCCCCAUUAAAUGCAAAACGUAUAUAGGAUCCAUAUGCAUGAAACUUUCUUUUUAAGACGUUAAAGGAAAGCCAAUUUUAGUGAAUUAGUGAAACAUUGCUUAGCCUUCGCUCUGAGGAAAAUGACUGGUUUGUGUUUUAAGCUGACAUUUUUCGCUAACACAAGUCGGUAAGUAGUAAAAUAUGAUAGCAAUGGACAAUUAUCCAGUGAGACCAAUUACAGUCCUGGUUAGUUGACUGCCAAGUGACUGUAUAGAGAGAGAAUGGCUUAUAUGAAGAAGAUGAGUUAUACAGAGCAGUAGGGAGGUUUUUAGAAUAUAUUUUAAAGUAUUAGUAUAGUUUAAUGGAGGUUAUUAGAUGGAGAUAAAGUACAAUACAGAGGUACAAUAAGAGUUAUAGGGUAUAUUUAUUUAGAGCAAUAGGAGGUCGUAGGAAGAAAAUGUGUGGUUAUAGGGACGGGUGAUAUUGAGCAUUAAGUGCUAUAGGGUGACACAUUUAUAGAUAAUGAGUUAUAGGCAAGUGUUAUAAAGAAUGAAUAUUAUGGAGUGCUAAAUGGAAAAGCAGAUGGAGUUAUAUGGGCACUAGGUGAUAUUAUUGGGAGACGUAUUGCGCAGUGGGAGGAGUUAUAGAGAGUGCCUAAUUGCAAGCCCAGAGGCUUUCUAGGGAAAACUAUAUGGUGCAGUAGAGACGAUUGUUGGAAAAUUAUUUCAAGCAGUAAUUAUUACAGGGAUACAUUUAUAAAGUGAAAUACAUUUUAGGGACUAUUAUAGGUCAGUAGGGGUUGUUUUAUUGAUAACCAUAUUUUAUCAAUAUAAAUUGCCUCCUUUAAUCAAUUAUUCUGAUUAACUACAUUCUAUUAAUUGCGCAUUUAAUUAGAGAAUUUUCCAAGCUGGGUAAUUUGCCAAAAAAUGAAACAUCUACCGUUUUGUCAUUUUCACUCAAUCAGUCGCUGCCUGACUAAUGAAUCUCAUGUUAGCUGCUCUGCAGGUCUAUGCAUUAUAUGUUUGAUUGUGUUGGAAUUGUGCAUUUGUUUCUGAAUAUAUUUAUUUUACAUACGGCCCCUGUAUUUUAAAUAGGGGUUUCGUUUUUUUUUUCUUGUGAAGUAACUAGUGUGUAUUCUUAAUAUAAUUUGUUAAAAUAAAAGUUUUGUCUUUAACAUUUCAAA